ACAUCCUAUUCUAUAUUUGUAAUGGAGACUGAACAGAAGAAACGUUUUGCAAAGAGUGCUGCUUCAUGGUCAUGGGAAAACAGCCAGAUUUUGGUAAAUCCUUGACGCAAAGCCAGCAAAAAGUGCACUUUAAGAGUACCAGCAAUGAUCGCGCAUACCAGCAAAUAGCAAAGAAGCUGGCAGCUUUGCAAUUUACCGGGCUGGUGACCAAUGCAGAGAACAGAUUAACUGUCUCGAGUGAAUACUGGAAAACCAGGGAUUAGUAUGACACCUCGAGCAGAUCGCCAACAUCAUGCCGGUUUUAUGAGUAUGACCUGAGUGCUGGGCAUUGUGCCCAGUACAGAGCCAAUGCUAGUCUGUGAUGACUUGUCAGCUGGGAAGGUGCCCUGCUGGUCCCAGAAUCCAGUAUGGGGGAUGAUGGGAGCCAGCAGCAGGCCAUGAGGACAAUGAAGUGAUUCUGUUGCUGAAACCAGUUCUAGAGCAGGAGCAGCAGCACAUUCUGGAGCAACUGUUUGAUGUCCCCUUAAGGAACAACCCACCUCAGAGUCUGCAGCAGAUACAGAUGGACAAAAGCUGCCCGAGCCUGGUGCUGAUAGCUGCAAACUUUUCCUGAAGCAGGAACUCCAGUCGGUCAUAUUCUGGGGAAGAGUGUAUUUUUCAGGGCCAUUUCGGUAGCUGACCAGCCCACUCCAUUCAGAUGUGCUGUUCAAUCACUGUUUGAAUACCUCGGGUGCAUAAACUGCAGUUUCCUACCCGCAGCUUGGAAUAACAUCUCCCUUUGCCAAUUGGGCACCACAAGAACUGCUAUGUCCUUGAAAAUAUGGAAGGCCUGAAAUGAUAGAAAAAGAUUUUGUAGCACAGCCACUGAUGGCACUCUUCUCCCCCACCCCCAACUCAGGCCCCUUGACCUCCACUGGCUGCAGUACCUCCAUCUUUUGUACACAUUGCAUCAGAAAUCUGGGCCAGUGUACCUUCAUGAACCAUUCGAAGAGGAAGCCUUUCCCUGAUGAAUUUAGGGUUAAGGUUUUGGACAAGACCAACAAGCAGGUCCUAUACCAAAACCAGAGGGACUUGCGGCUAGAGGAAAGGCAUGCCAAGAGGAAAGGCUCAGGCUGGCUGCACAGAUUGAGGCCAGGGUUUCAGUGCGGAAGCACACAUUUGCACUGCAGUUCCUGGAACAGAUAAGGGAAUAGGAAAGAGCUCAGCAGAAAACUUUCAGUGGCUCAUAUUGCUAAUGACUACAAGAGUAAUCUGCAAGGCCCCUGCUGCAUCACCCACAUCACAGCCUGAGUCCCUUGCCUGCUACCCAGUGCUGCAGUCCAAAAGCAGCUUAGAAGACUCCAGGGCUGGGUGGCACAUCCAUGAAUGGCUGGGCAGGGUAGCCUUGCCCCAUGAAGCCCUCCAUAUUCAGUCCCUCCCCUGUGGAUGUCUCCAACCCCUUCUCACACUGCCAACUCCACAGCAAAUGGGGAGAGAAGAGAAAGGAGAACAGGUGGCCAGAGGACAUGCCACGCCUCAUGAUUUUGAUGAAUGCAGAUUUGACAUUAGCGUAAAUGAUAGUGUUUGGUACCUACGAGCUCAGGAUCCUGAUCAUAGACAACAAUGGAUAGAUGCGAUAGAACAACACAAGACUGAAUCUGGCUAUGGAUCUGAGUCAAGUUUACGGCGCCAUGGCUCCAUGGUGUCUCUGGUGUCUGGAGCAAGUGGAUAUUCUGCUACAUCCACCUCAUCAUUCAAGAAAGGUCAUAGCUUGCGUGAGAAGCUUGCUGAAAUGGAAACCUUCAGAGAUAUCCUCUGUAGACAGGUUGAUACUUUACAGAAAUAUUUUGAUGCCUGUGCAGAUGCAGUCUCCAAGGAUGAACUUCAGAGGGAUAAAGUGGUUGAAGAUGAUGAAGAUGAUUUUCCUACAAUGCGUUCUGAUGCGGAUUUCUUGCAUAAUAGUAAUGGCAGUAAGGAAAAAUUAUUUCCACAUGUAACACCCAAAGGAAUUAAUGGAAUAGACUUUAAAGGGGAAGCUAUAACUUUCAAGGCAACUACUGCUGGAAUCCUAGCUACGCUUUCUCAUUGUAUUGAACUCAUGGUAAAACGUGAGGAGAGCUGGCAAAAAAGAUUGGAUAAGGAAAUUGAGAAAAGGCGAAGAAUAGAAGAAGCAUACAAAAAUGCCAUGACGGAACUUAAGAAAAAGUGCCAUUUUGGAGGGCCAGACUAUGAGGAGGGUCCUAAUAGUCUGAUUAAUGAAGAAGAAUUCUUUGAUGCUGUUGAAGCUGCUCUUGACAGACAGGAUAAAAUAGAAGAACAGUCUCAGAGUGAAAAGGUCAGAUCACACUGGCCAACAUCAUUACCCUCUGGUGAUGGAUACUCUGCUGUGGGGACUCACAGAUUUGUCCAAAAGCCCUAUAGUCGCUCUUCCUCCAUGUCUUCUAUUGAUCUAGUCAGUGCCUCUGAUGAUGUUCACAGAUUCAGCACCCAGGUGGAAGAGAUGGUGCAGAAUCACAUGACUUACUCUUUACAGGAUGUAGGAGGAGAUGCCAAUUGGCAGUUGGUGGUAGAAGAAGGUGAAAUGAAGGUGUACAGAAGAGAGGUGGAAGAAAAUGGGAUAGUCCUAGAUCCUUUGAAAGCCACACAUGCAGUCAAAGGGGUUACGGGACACGAGGUCUGCCAGUACUUCUGGAAUGUUGAUGUUCGUAAUGACUGGGAAACAACCAUUGAAAAUUUCCAUGUUGUGGAAACUUUAGCAGAUAAUGCAAUCAUCAUUUACCAGACACACAAGAGAGUGUGGCCAGCUUCUCAGCGGGAUGUGCUAUAUCUGUCUGCUAUUAGAAAGAUACCAGCAUUCAGUGAAAAUGAUCCUGAAACUUGGAUUGUCUGUAACUUCUCUGUGGAACAUGAUAGUGCCCCUCUGAACAAUCGAUGUGUUCGUGCCAAAAUAAACAUUGCUAUGAUCUGUCAGACGUUGGUGAGCCCACCAGAAGGGAACAAGGAAAUAAGCAGAGACAAUAUCCUAUGCAAGAUUACAUAUGUAGCUAAUGUGAAUCCUGGGGGAUGGGCACCAGCCUCAGUGUUACGAGCAGUGGCAAAACGAGAGUAUCCCAAAUUCCUGAAGCGUUUUACAUCAUACGUGCAAGACAAAACAGCAGGAAAGCCUAUUUUCUUCUAGUAUUAACAGUGAUUGGAACAAGACUGUGUGAACAUUCCAUGUUGGAGAAAUAAACCAAAUUGAAGGCUCCAAGCUGGAACGUAGGAUCUACAGUCUUUUUGUGGCCCAAGUCCUAGGCUUUGUGUUCUGAAGUGAAGAAAUACUGCAAUACCGUGAGGCUGAACAUCUAACACUAGCUGUCUUCUGCUAGGUCUCCUUGUUGAAUCAGUGUGUAAUUAGAAAUACAUGUAUUGAUACAUGUAUAUGGAUAUAUUUUUAUUUGCUUGCUUUAGAGGAGAAAAAAAUACAACUUUGAAUCACCAACUUGGAUUACUGCUUCAAUUUUAAACAAUUUGCAAAGCUUUUGUUUACUGUGGCCCUUCAUAAGACACUCAUACAGUUUUUUCUGUUUUUGUGCAUGUCUAAAAAGCACAAAAGAUAAAUGCACAUAUAGCAUAAUGUAUGUGCUUUAUAUGCACAAAAACCUGUGUGUGGUAUUUUUUUCAGGUUUGCAGUAAAAUCUAGGUGACCUUUGGGCAAGGGUUUUGUUUUGCUUUGUAUAAUCAUAGUUCAUUGCUGCUGGUUUCUAUAAUGAAUCAUCUUGUUAUGUAAAAUGUCUCUUAAUUGAGGGCUGUCAAUAUCCAUAUGCCUUUUCUGUUAUCUUACUCCUAUGAAGACCUUUGGUUCCGAUGGAGGAAGAGUGUGAAAAGCUUUAAUUUUUUCUGAGAUCUUUAUAUUUCUAUUGUAUUUUUUAGUUAUGUAAUAUGUGCUACAGAAUUUAUUGAACAUGAUUCAGAAAUUUCUAGGUAGAUUCUAUAUGAGAGGGCGAGAUUGUGCCUGAAAAUUACAACAGUAGUCUGUCCAGCCUACGUUACACGUGGGUUUCGUGAAACUACAAGAAGGUACCCUGUAAUAUUUAUUAAAGCAAAUUGGACUACAUAGGACAACCAUUCCCAGUCUGCAAGUAAGAGCGAGUAUAUUAUUUCCUGGUCCUGCACAUUUUUGUUUCUCAUCUUAAUUAAAGCCAUGCUAUGAGGUAUGUGUAGAAAAUGUGAGUUGUUAAUAUUUACUACUUGAUCAGAAACUUAACAGAGCUAUAAGAAUCCACAGAUUCUAAAUGAAAAGUUCCCCUUAGUUGCUGUGAGAACUUGAAUGCAAAUGUAUGCCUGCCUUUGAUCUCUGGAAAUAGCCGUGAGGAAUGGACUGUGGGGGCAGAGACUAGUACUCACUUGAGCGGAUAUCUUGCUUGGUGGCCUUUAGGUGGAGGUUAUUCAAAGGCAUUUCUUGGGCACUUCACUAACUUGUAUAUGUAGAACAACAUAAGAUUCAGAUAUAUUUUUUUCAAAAGAAAGCUGAAAGUCUUAUUUAAUAUAGUAUUGCAGGUGCCUGGAUAUAACUACAAAAGAGUUAUGAAGAAUUGGCUGAUAAAUGUCUGAUAUCUGCACAAUGUUGUAAGUGAAUUACUCCUUGUGUCUUCGUCUUUAUUCUAUAUAAAGAGGUCCAAACACAUAUAUAACACAUGGUUACACACAUACAUGCAGAUUUCAUGCUCUAUAAAACUUUUCUCCUCAUUUAUUUGCCUUUCUCUAAAUGGUGUGCAUGGAAUAUGCCUUAUUACAGAAUAAUUCUGUUCUUGAUUUGAAUAUGUAGAAAAGUGCCUAUAUGGUAAUGCUAGUAAGGCAAAUAAGAUUAAAUUGUACAUGUUUACUAUAUCACCAGUAAGCAUUUUAUAUAGUGAUGUUAAAAAGAAUUUCUUAUACCUCAAAUGUUUCAUCUUUUUGAAAUCAGCUGAAAAAUGGUUCAUUGACCAUAGCCACUAAUGGGAACUUUACAAAAAGUCUUAUGCCCAAAAUACAACCGUUUAACUCCUUAUUUGCCAUUUCUGGAAACUAUCAUUGAACACAGGCAAGUAACUGUUUCUUAAUUUAAAUGGAGAGCUUUAUUUUACAAAGGUAUGGAAAGUUUACAAAGCAGUAUAUAAAUCUUAAUAUCAUUAGUUGCAUUUGCACUAAAUGUGAUGUACUUUUGCAAUUUAUUCUGUAAAUAAAAUUACACUAAAGAUACUAUUUGUAAAGAAUACAUUUUACUUUUAGAUAAAAACACUGGUCUUUCACUACAGCUAGUCCUGCCCAAUCAGAGUUACAAGAUGCUCCUUACUGAAUAUGAAAAGAGUUGCAGGUUCAAGAGUCAUAACUACUGACCCUUCAAAGAAAAGAUUUGUCUGCAGGCUUCUUCUCAUGGUGUGUAAAUGUAUGUUGAGUAUCCAUUAUGCCCUUUCUUCCAGAAGAGAUCUCUGAACCUUUUUUGCAUUUAUGAAAUCUCUCUCCUUCCUCCUCCAACAGCUGGGCUUUUUUCUACCAAUUAGUGUUACCUUAAUUAUUUGUGUUUUGUACUGUUGCUGAGCACUAGCCUCAGACUUCAGCUUUUCAUUUUUGUAGGUUAAAUCAGUUCUUUUUAAUACAGCCUAUUCAGAGAAUGCAGCAAUCUUCUCCUUCAAAUGUGAUAGUGUCCCUUAACUUCUGUUAACUUGGGAACCUGGAUCUGUCACCAAAUUAGAUCUUCUCCAUGACUAGACAUAGUUUUUAUAGGGGAUGAGGAGAUCAGGGAAAGAGAUGGUUCAACCAGUUUUCUGAAUCUGAAUAAUUUCUCGUAAGUUUCUCUAGAAAAAAUGUGAUUGCACCUUUUGAGAGGAAAUCACCCUUUACCUCAUUGGGCUGAGCUGGUUUAUCUGAAGUUGUUGGUUUUUCUUUAAACUAACCAAAUUGUCCAGUAAAAAUCUUUCACCAAAAUUUUUGUCACAGUUGUACAGAUUAAGCUAUGUUUUGAAUUGCCACUGUUCCUCCACAUACCCAAAUCAUGAAUCAUAUUUUGAGUACCUUGAGUGCAUAGCGUGUAGCUGUUUGUUCUGUGAUAGCUUUAUGAUACUGAUAAGUUUUAAAAAAUUAAAAGUUGACUCUUCCAUGUUACAAUCACAAAUUUAAAACCAGUAUUUAAAAGUGAAAAGUAUUAAAAUAUUAUGAAAAA